AUGUUCACGGCCCUUGAUUGCCUUUUUCUUUGGGAGCCCGCUGCGUUCGAAGGCAUUUCACGCGGCGGGGUGGCGGCAGCAGCAGGUAAAGCAGCAACAGCAACGGCAACAGCUCCGGGCUCGGACCACAGCAAGAGCAGCAGAGUCUACAGCGUGGACUGGUUUGGGCUGCUGGGGCAGCCGUAUAGGCCCGCAACGGAGGGUGAGCGGAAGCAGCUGCAGCAACAACAAGCAGAGGAACAGGCUGCUGAUGAGGCCUUCUCUGCUGCUCUUCAAAAAUGUCAGGACGAGGGCGAUGGCACAACUCUGUUUGGACAGGAGCUGCCACAGCAGCACGAUCAGGAACGGAAUGAAGAUAAUGGGUCCCUACAGAACACUCUUGAAGGGCUGCUGGCAUCUCUUCCCCACGGCCAGACCGAAGACGCAGCAGUAAGAAGCGUCCACGCUCGGCUUGACGCACUAUUACCUUCCCAACUUGCACUUGGAGAGCUGAUGUCGCUCUCCACAGGCCCUCGAGGGCACCCCUCAAGCGAACUUGGCGAACUUUCUCGGUGGCUAGACGCUGCUGCAGCACUGGAAGGCACUCCACUACACGGCUCCACGAGCAUCCAGGGCGAUGCAAUGGCCUUAUUGAAGCUUGUGAAUGAGGGAGGAGGUGUGUUAUCUCCAGUAGCUCGGUGUCACGUUAUAUUUGCUUGUGCUGCGCUGCCUGCGAAGAGGCCUUCCGUCCGUUUUGCCGCUAUCCUUGUUGCUGUAGAGUUGCUUCAGGUGCUUCGCUACCUCCAGAAUCAUCAGGGAUCUUCUUGCGCUGCAUCGCUGUCCGCUGCCUUGGCCGCUACAGCGGCCAGAAGUGGCCCCCUUAGUACUUCAGGUGGGCGAGGCUCUACACCAAACGCUCUUCCCCGUGGCAAAGCUCCUGCAAUCGCGCGGACACCUAGUACCGGACACUCGGCGGCUGUUGCCACCUCUACACCGUCUGCUUUACAAAGGAUCACACUCCACAUUCGAACCGCAGCAGCAGCAGCCACAGCAGCUGCGGCAAGUGCACUGCGUAGCCUACCCUGGCGCCAAGUUCAACAAGGCGUGGAUAGGGCAACGGUCAGUAAGACAAAUGCCUUGUGUUUCAUUGACAUACCGCGCCAAGUCACCGCAGGCCUCAGUGCAUGCAGCAUGAUGCACUUUUGCCUGGCUCACCUUCCAGGUUUUAUAUGCUGUUGUAUGGUGAGGAACGCUGCGCUGCAGGACCAAACAGGACAGCACCCUCAGAGCACGCAUCCCGAGCCAGUGGCACGCUUAGCGGAGCUUCUGCACCAACCCUCUACUUCCUCUUGGUUGCUGCUUCUGAAGCAACAGCAGCUUCAGCAGCCGCAGCUGGGGGACCCAGCUGUACUGUCAAAGCUUCUUUCUGUAGGGACUGCUGCAGCAGCCUUCCUUCUGCCGCAGACGUCUCAGUCUGGCGAUGGGAGCACCGGCUUAAGGCCAUCGGUCGACUGGAAUGGGCAGGAUGAGGAAGUAUUCAGCGUCUUGUUCGGGUACAAGCUCCUGCUGAAGCAACAACUAUCAGGAACCUUGGACAAAGCGAUGUCCAAGGUUCCUGCUGUAAAGGAACUGCCCUCCAUUGGAAGCACUCAGUGGGCUCAUCCCGUAGUGCAGCAGUACGUAUAUCUCAUGGGCCAGCAGCAGCAGGGCAAACAGCAUACACAGACAGCGAGGCCAGUCAGAUUCUCUGAACCCCCAACGCUGAAAGGCCUCGUACCGCUGCCACCUCCUGCUGCUUUUGCUGACCGCCUGCUACUCUUCGCGCAUCUCCUUGCCUCUCCAAGUCCCGCACCGACCAGCCUUUCUGGUGGCCGCAAUGACACUGUCGCGGGAGUUGCCUCUGCCCUUUGCAUGCCGCUCGAGCUCGCAGAAAGCCGUUUACGACUUCUUCUGCGCCGAAUCGUCUCUACGCUGGCCACUCGCCUAUUUGCCCACAUUUGCCCGUCGAGCGAAGCUUCCACCAGCGUUAAGGCUGGAGGGAAAAGCCAGCUACGGCAGAUGAUGCAGCAGCAGCUGCUGCGUCAGGGGGCAGCCGCUCUGCGUGAGGCCGUUGCAGCAAUGGGCAUCGAUGGGUCCACGAUGCAGGGGGCUGCUACUGAGGCUGUAUUGCCGCUUCUUAUGAGGCGCGUUGUCUCCUUGCAGGAGUCCAACCUCCCUCCCGUCCCUGCUGCUGUCCCCCUGGCCGUAGCGCGAGGCAGCCACGCGAGCCCUGAGGAACUUCGAGCCCACGCUUCUCGAAUCCUUGAAGGUCUGAAACAUGCUAUUCAAACAGUGGAGGAAUUUUCUGUUGUGGUGGCAGGGCGGUCUGCAGAAGCAAAAAUACGCCGGCAGAUGGGAGCCUUGGCCUCCAGUAGGCUUUUGCCUGAACUGUCUGUCGCGCUGCUCUCUCAGCUGGCAGCAGCUCAUGCAAAGGAACCCCAUUCACGCAAGUUUAAUUCUCCUUCAGUGGUGGGGGAGACCCACAAAUUGGUGGACGGAAUUGCACCUGAGGUCUUAGAGGCAGAGGUAUUCGCGAUCAAAGCAUUCAGCGAGAUUCGGCGUAUCUUUGGCUUCAGCAGAGACGCGUUCCUUGGUAUUUUGCAAGUCGGCUUGUUCCGGGUCGGGGCACCCCUGCGGCGCUCUCUCGAGGUGUUCUCUACUAUGCAGAACAGAGAGGCAGCGCUGUGCACUGCUGGCCAGCUCCUAGGCCUCGACCACGUGCAAAGCCUUGUUGAUUUGGCCCUAACAGACCCGAGAGACUCACAAGGGGAGCCCGCGCCCAAGCAACGAAAGCAAAGGAGCUGUGAGGAAAAGCUUCACGAAGGAAACCCUGAGGGGCUCGGUUUGCCCGCCGAGGGGAGACACCUAAGUCAAUUGCUACUGGCGUACUUCCGGACGCAUGCACUGCUUGGUGAAAGCCCCGAAACUGCAGCAGCAGAGGCAAUGCAGCAAGCAGCAACACAGACUGUGGAGGGUGGAGGGCCCUUGGGUGCGCAGUGGAGUCGCACCUCUAGCGCCACCUGCUUAGAUGAACUUGUUGCCGUAUCAAGAGAUGCAUACAGCUCAGGUAACAGCGAAGAGCCGCGCAGGCUUCCGGCGAAGGUAGCUGACUAUGUGCUUAGUCUCCUCCUGCAGCGGCAGCCACAGCUUUCACAAGCCGCUUCACCUUCAGCAGCAACUGAUACAGCAGCGGUGAGGUGGAGGCGGAUCAACAACAUUGACCUCAAACAAGAAGAUGCCAUGAAGGCUGCACAGCUUUUUGAUGCAUUGAAAGACACCCUUGCAGGUGUACAGGCAGCCUGGAGCCCUCAGACAGCCCAUCAUGCCAAGAAGGCUUUAGGGGACCCGUGGAGACAGUGGAUGCCUCAGCUGAGGAAGCUGGAUUCCAGCGAAGGAGCGGAUUGUUUCGCAUUGCAAGCAAGGGAGGAUGCUCUAUUUCCAUUGGCUUUGCGGUUCGGCAUCAAUGAUGAAUCCCUCGCUUUGGCCUCAGCUCUUAAUGCUUACAAAAACGCGUUCGAUAAGGAAACAGAGGCAUCUCCUCCAGAGACACCAGAAGAGGCGGAAGCCCGAAGAAGACGGUUGCUGGCCUACCGCGCAGCCAUGGGCCUCAUCACAUCGGAUGUUUCUCCAUUACAUGCGGACGCUUACAGAGACUGGUUCGUUGCCUUGACCCGAGAGGCACUGGGGCCCCAAGGGAAAUGGACUGCGGAGGCUUCGCGUGCUGUAAACGAUGCUGCCGUCAAGAUCGACCUCGCGAAGGCAAGUGCCAACUCAUCAAAUGCAAGCAAAGGCAUGGGGAUACCAGCAAUCACCCAGCGUAUGGCAGUAGGGUUUCUCAUCGUCUCCGGCUGUUGUGCGCCAAGGGGUCACUGAGAUGCUGUUGAGCUGCUUGUUCAGGAAGACAGAGAUCAGCUCAUACAUGAGGCACUGGCCCUGUAUGCGGUUGAGGUACUACUACCUCCUAUCCUUCGUGCAGCUGGAGAGAGACGAAAGCUGCUUAUGCAGGAGACUGCCCAUGUGACAUCGUCUCUCCCCGAAGCGCUUGCAAAGGUGGUAGGGGAAGACGCGGUCCAGGUGGAAGCCCUCGGUCCCCUUCCAGAAGACCCGCACGAGCCAAAAUCAAGGCACCUGAAUCGGGCCCUUACUCGACGUAGAGAAGGAAUGACGGUACUACAGGAGUGGAUGGUGGCCCACCCUGAGGCAGACCCAUCGGCGCGAAAGACGAACGAAAAGAUCAAAAGCAAUCCCUUUUCUCUCAUAGGAGCCUUAAAAGCUUCCAGCGGGGAAGCAGGCAGCGAGAGCGCAAAUACCUCAUCUGCACCCACUGCCGUGUUAAAAGCGGGCCCUUCCGAUUCAGACGAGUUAUCGCAGCGCUUACUUACGGCUGUAGAGAACUUGACUGCGUUUGGCCGUAAGCAUGAUCUCCUCCACAUUCAGGUGCCUGGUAGAAGGUCAUCUGUUGGCAUCGCCCCCAAAUUCCAACAGGAAAAUGCGGGACCCCAGCACACUGAAAUCACAGUUUUCUCAGCCUUGGAGGAGUUUCCACGUGCCCACGCGAUCGACGCUUUUACAAAGGCUUUCAGCAGUAUUGAACCAUCUGAUUGCUCUGUACCGGGUUCCAUAAUUGUGUUGAUGUUUCGCAGGCAGGCAACCUCUCCGUUGCCGGCGUUGAGAGUGGUUCUAGAGGAGGCCUUGAGUGCGGGCCUAAGCUUGUGUACGAAUACAUCUGGGCCCUUCUCGCGCGGAGGUAACGGCCAAAGAUGCGCAGUAGAAAUAGCUGCGGCUUUAUAUGGACUGCAGGUUUUGGCUGCCUCAGCGGCAGCAGCGGCCACCGAAACCACAGCAGACAUGGCAGUUCUCAACUUGCCCGCAAUACCAGCUGAAAGCUCCUUUGCUGUUGGCCGAGCACCCAGCCAGCUACAGGAGUCCCUAGGGCUUCCAGAAGCAGCCAAAGCUGAGGGACUGCGCCUUUUGGAUAUUGCCUGCCUUGAAGGGUCGCGAGUUGUUGCAGCAGCUCUGGCAAAUACAGUUGGCCUACCUAAUUGCAGCUGGCCCGUGAAGGGGGCACAAAGCGAAGGCGUAGCGGCUGUACUUGCAGCAGUUCUCCAGAGGCUGCGACGAAUUGCUAUCUCCCACGGUCUCACUCCGCAAGAAGUCAAUGGGCCAAACGGGAGCCUAGAAAACCUUGUAAAAGAUCUAGCGCUACAACUUCUGUUUAAGGCUACACUGCAUGAGGCGCGGCGAAGGGAAUCUCUAGUUCAGGAAGCUGAGAAACGCAGCGAAGCCAUUCCAGUCUUCCCCCCGUGGAGUCCUGUUAGGGGCCUUUUCAAUGCUGCGACGGCAUUGGGGGUGGGGGAUUGGCACCGCCGGCUACAUGUAGAGACACAGCGUCUCUCAGAGCUGUUUCGGCAUGAAGCGGGAGCCCUUGUGUCUAGGGCUUUGAAAGCCGCUGAAGGUGCCAAUAGCUCGAAGGUGCGCGCCGCUGUCUUUAACGCUGCGGUCGAUGAGAUAUCCACACGUCGAAGCCUUCUUAAUGUCUCAGGCUUCACGGCUACAAACGUCAUCAAGGAUCUGCUAAGCAAGCAAAUGACCGCCUUGGUGGGGAACGUUACGGCGUUGCUACAAGCCGAGGAGCUGCAGGAUGCUGCUACUGCGUUCACUAGGUUGACAGAUGCAGUAAUACUCUGGAAAGCUUUGCUGAGACAAAGCUGGUCCACGGCUUCCUUCGGGGAUCUAGUAGGGCCGGGUCUUUUCGAGGGUUUGAAACCUCAUGAACGAAAGCACCUGCUUGAAUUGUGCUCGGCAAGACCUUUUCCCAAACCAGAAUCCGAGGAGUUGCAAGUCCUGGAAGAGCUCCUGGAUGACUAUGCUAGUAAUUUGCUGUCUGAGGGAGCCUGCCUAAGGUUUCAAGCCUCAAAUCGCUGUGCUAGAGGUUCGAAGCAUGAUGUACACCACAAGAUCGCCUGUCCGUAUGAAGUAGGACAAACGGGGGAUUACCACAGAGAGAAGAAGGGAAGAGCCGUUAUUGCAGGAGCAAAGACCCAAGAGCAGCCAAAAGGGGCAGGCCAAGAGAGCCUGUGUCAAUGGGCCGCAGCUGAGGCCACUGACCAGCAACUACCAGACGAUUCAGGCUUGGUGCAAUCUCUUCGAUUCUAUGUGGCACAUGCAAAUGCCGGAAACCGCAGAACGUCUGAGAGCCCGCCAGAGAGUGAAAUCUUCCGAUAUCCGCCAGAGUCCCGAACAGCAGCAGCCGCAGCUUUGGCAGCGGACAAGGAAGAUCGACUUUUGCACCUUGUGAAAGGAUACGGCUGUGCUGUGGUGCUUGCAAACCUCCUCACUACUUUCUUAUUCUCCAUGGUGCUCAUGUUGUUUAUAAGCUCAAACGCCACUUUGACACCGGAGGCCUUGCCCACAAGUUUUGCACUAACUCCUAGUAUCCAUAUCACAUCGGCUGGUCGGGCCACCAAGCUCGAAGAAGCCCUAGCGAAUCCUCGCUCAGUGAUUAUUAAUGCAUUCGAUUCGAAAGGGUUCUCGGUUAUCUAUUCUCACGACAUUGUUGGCUGGGAGGCGAGCAGAGAGCGAAGUAGCGCCACACUUUUCCUCUCUGCAAAUCGAAGGCUCGAUGUUACAUCCACAACCAUUCUUUUCGAGGACACUGUAACUGGUUUUACGAUUGCCGAGUGGGAAUUGUGGGACGACGAGGCAAACAAAUCCCCCCACGAAAUCCUUCGCAAUGCUCUUCAAGCAGCAGGGGAUACCACAAGCUCUGCAGUGUCAUCGGUAGGAAUGGCCAAAAGCGACAGUCAACCCCCAGUGGGAGUACACGAACAGGAAGGCCCCAAUGCUGCUCCCACAGCUCGCCGUUUGUCGGAGACAUCAUCGAUGUCCAUGGUGACUCCGGCACUCCAAAUUACGACCCCACACUCUCAUAUUAUCACUGAACUGCACGAUUCGCCCAUUGCAGACUAUGGGGCAAGACAAAAUGGGUUAGUGGAGGCCCAAUUCAAUAUGUGGUGA